AUGGCAUAUCUUGCUCCUAUACAUCGUGGGACUAGCGUGCAGCAUGCAAUAAAGCUCCAUAUAUUGUCUGCAGAUGAGGAAUCACUGGUUUUAGCCAAAGCCAAUCGGCUCGAAAUCUACCAUCAGACCCCAGAUGGCUUGGUGCUGGCUCAUACAAGAAGCCUGUAUGGCAAGGUCACAAUGUUGGAGACGCUACGUCCGGCCAAUGCCUCAACCGAACACCUCUUCGUUGGUACAGAUCGAUAUAUGUACUUUACCGUCUCCUGGGACUCAGAGGCGCGGCAAUUACGUACGGAGAAGAGCUAUCAAGAUCAAGCUGAGAAGACUGCAAGAGACUCUCAGACCGAAGAUCGGUGCCUGAUAGACCCUACCAGAAGAUUCAUGGCGCUUCUACUCUACGAUGGCAUCGUCACUAUAUUACCCAUACACCAGCAGGGCAGCAAGAAGGGCACAGGCGAACCUGGAACUCUGGGCGAUCCUGUACCGGCAAGAAUCUCCGACUUAUUUGUUCGAUCUUCAACUUUUCUGCACCCUCGACAAGAAGAUGCCGAACAGCUGAAAUUCGCCUUUCUCUACGAAGACAACCAGCAAAGAGUGUGCUUGAAUGUUAGAAAUUUGGAAUAUUCUGCCAGCGGCAGUGGGGAACCAGGUAGCGCAUACCUUGAGAAAAUUGUUAGCACACGGGACGAUUUAGAGCUUGGGGCUAGCCAUCUCAUAGCCGUGCCUGCCCCAGCUUAUGGCCUGCUCAUCCUUGCUGAAACUUCAAUAACGUAUCUAGACGAUGUCAAUGGGGAAGUUCUGAGCAAUGCUUUGGAGGAAGCAAGGCAAUUUGUGGCUUGGGCACAGGUUGACAAUCAGCGUUGGCUUAUAGCAGAUGACUCUGGGAAACUUUACCUCCUUAUGCUUCUACUGGAGAAUGAAGGCGAUGUCACAGGCUGGAAGCUUGAUGCGAUUGGACAGACAUCACGGGCCUCCGUACUUGUCUAUUUAGACGGGGGAUAUAUGUUCGUCGGCUCCCAUCAAGGGGACUCACAGGUUGUCAAAAUUCAAGAGCAAGGCAUCGAGAUAGUACAGACGAUCUCGAACAUCGCGCCUGUCCUGGAUUUCACUAUCAUGGACAUGGGCAAUCGGUCAGGCGAAGGACAGACCAAUGAAUACUCCUCGGGGCAAGCUCGUAUCGUCACCGGAUCGGGAGCUUUUCAAGAUGGUAGCCUCCGAAGUGUCCGUAGUGGAGUUGGCUUAGAAGAGCAGGGUUUGCUGGGAGAGAUGGAUCAUGCCACGGAUCUCUUCUCAUUGAGGUCAGGCGAUGCAAGCGCUAGUGUAGAUCUACUCGUGGUGUCCUUCGUUGGCGAGACAAGGCUAUUUCAGUUCCAAGCAGAUGGAGAGGUGGAGGAAAAAGCGGAAUACAAGAGCUUAUCAUUGUCAGAAGGCACUCUACUUGCUGCAGAUCUUUCAAAUGGCCGGCUGCUCCAAGUCACUGCAUCGUCGGCUCGCUUGAUUGAGUCAGAAAAUGGUAUGGUUAUCUCCGAGUGGUCCUCGACCGAUGGCCAUCCAAUCACGGCCGCGUCAGCAAAUGAUCAGAACCUUGUGCUGUCAGUCAAUGGUCUGGAAGCCCUUGUACUGGAUCUGAGGGAAGACUUAAAGGUCUGCGCAAGAAGACAAUUCACAGAGGAGGGUCAAAUUGCUUGCAUCCACGUCUCGCAUGUCUCGUCGGAGAUCUGCAUAGCAGGCUUCUGGCAGAGUGCCGCCGUUGCUAUUUUCAAGAUUGAUACUCUCGAAACACUGCAGAAAGUCAUUGUCAGCGAUGAGACAGUCUCAGUACCGCGCUCUAUCCUACUUGUCCAGAUUCUCCCAGAACAGCCACCUACGCUGUUCAUCGCCAUGGCCAAUGGCGAAGUCAUCACCUUUUCCACCAACCUCACCACCUUCGCACUCUCCUCGAAGAAAGUCACCGUACUUGGGACUCAGCAAGCGAGCUUCCAGGCUCUCCCAAGAAGUGAUGGCCUGUCAAAUGUCUUUGCAACGUGCGAGCAUCCAAGUCUAAUCUAUGGCUCUGAGGGCCGUAUUGUGUAUUCUGCCGUCACCGCUGAAAAAGCGUCGUGCAUCUGCUCUUUUGAUUCCGAGGCUUACCCUGGUGCCAUCGCCAUAGCUACACCCGAGGACGUCAGGAUCGCGCUUGUGGAUACAGAGCGCACAACACACGUUCAGACUCUACCUGUCGGAGAGACUGUACGAAGAAUGGCAUACUCACCCAAGCUGAAAGCCUUUGGCAUAGGAACAAUACACAGAUCAUUGCGUCAGUCACGAGAAUUUAUCAAGAGUCACUUCAAGCUCGCAGAUGAGGUCCUCUUCAAAGAGCUCGACACUUACGCUCUCAACGAAGAAGAGUUGGUGGAAAGCGUCAUCAGAGCCGACAUUCGCGAAGAUUCUGGCGAGCUAGUCGAACGCUUCAUUGUUGGGACUGCAUAUCUGGAUGACGAAGAGCCAGACUCAAUACGCGGCAGAAUCAUUGUGUUUGCUGUCACUUCUGAACGAACCCUCAAAGUCAUCACCGAACUGCCUGUCAGAGGCGCCUGCAGAGCCCUCGGCGUAAUCUCGGGCAACAUUGUCGCGGCGCUCGUGAAGACAGUUGUGGUAUAUUCCCUCGAAAAUUCUCAUCUCCACAAACGUGCCACCUACCGCACCUCUACCGCCCCCAUCGAUAUAUCCGUUCACGGCUCCCAGAUCGCGAUCGCUGAUCUCAUGAAAUCCUUGUCCGUCACCACCUACACUCCCGGUUCGGUAGGACUCGAGGACACCCUCACAGAAACGGCCCGCCACUACCAGACAGCUUGGAGCACCGCUGUCGCUCAUGUUGGUGAAGACACUUGGCUCGAAGCUGAUGCUGAAGGCAAUCUUAUGGUGCUACAUCAGAAUGUCGGCGGUGUGACGAGUGAUGACAGGCGAAGGUUGGAGGUUACCAGUGAGCUGAGGUUGGGGGAGAUGGUUAAUAGGAUCCGGAGUUUUGAAGUCAGCGAAACCGAUACUCGUACCCCUGCGCCCGUGGUACCGAAAGCGUUUAUGGGUACCGUGGAAGGCAGUAUUUACCUCUUUGGCCUCAUUGCCCCAACACACCGCGAUCUCCUCAUGCGCUUGCAAGCUGCGCUGGCGCCCAUGGUGAAUAGUUUGGGGGACGUUCCGUUCAAUGCAUAUAGAGGGCUUAGAAAUCAAGUCAGAGAAGCAGAAGAGCCUUAUCGGUUUGUGGACGGGGAGUUGAUUGAGGGCUUUUUGGACUUAGGGGAAAGGGUGCAAGAAAGUGUUGUAGGGGGUCUGGGGGAGGUGGGCGUGAAAGCGGGCGGAGUUGAGGGCGUAAGAGAGCUGGUAGAGGGAUUAAGGAGAUUGCAUUGA